GAAUUUAGAAGAACCAGUUGAAGAGGUCAGUGGAGUGUUAUAAAGUGUGAGUGGUGAUGUGUGAUAUAAUAUUGCUCUGUGUGUCAAGUUUUCAGUAUUAUUCUGUUGUGCUCGCCAUGAAGUUGAUCUAAAAUAGUAUUUCAAAAUAUUAAUCCCGAUGUUGGUCGCAGGACUGUGCCAAUGUAGUUUUCAUGCUUUUUACGAAGAAAGAAUCCGGGGAGGCAAUUCGUGGAUACCGAAGAAAGCUUCAAACGUUUUUGAAGCUUUCGAGGUCGUAUUCAUGGAACUAUGAACCUGGACUCGUUGUCUUUUACUUUGUCACAAAUCAGUUACUUGGUUGCCAAUUUGAAUAAGAAAAAUUUUCGUGACAGCUGCAAGGAAAUAUCACUUUUGGUACAGUGGAAAGGUCUGGAGGCAGACCGACACUUGCUGCGCUCUUUGCUCUCAUACGUCGAUUUCUCUACUGGAGAGCCACCGGAAUCAAGUGCGAAGGAUUAUUUUCAAGUACAGCUUCUAAAGCAAGAGUGUACCAAUCUGCUCAGCAAGCCUUCUCUGAUUUCUAACUUCUGUUUUGCAAUAGAUCAUCCUUUACAUCAACAGAAGACUUUGAAUCCAUCGCCACAGUUUUUUUUACACCUGAAGAAGGUACUUGGACUGACAUUGGUACAAGAAGUUGCUUAUGCUAUCGUACUACAACAUUCAGAAAAUAUUGAUAUUCGUACAUUGUCUCAAGAAUACGUUAAAAAACAAUUACCCGAAUUAAUUAAAAAUUAUAUUAAUUCGGAGACAAGCAAUAAGAAUCACGAGGAGGGAUUACACGAUUCAUCGCCAGAAGUUUUGCACCUUAUACUUUCACAGGUUUUUCAUAUUCCUAAUCAAUUUGGUGUUUCUUCUGAAGCUAAGGAAAAAUUUCUCAAGAAUUUAAGGCGCGAUUUUCCCCGUGAACUGGUACCAGUGGUGCUAGCACCACUCUUGUAUCCAGGCGACGGGGAAACUCCGCAAGCCAAAAUUGAAUUAAACAUGGCUGUCAAUCAAAUGGAUGGCACUUCGCUGGUGGAGUUGAUCAUGGAGUUAGGAUAUGGAUUCACUAGUAGCGUAGAAGAAUGUCGAUCAGCAUUGGCUGGCCUAGGAGCCAGAGAAAUAUCUCCAGCAUGCGUUGCUCGAGUUUUAUCUCACAUGGCACGUAGCUGCAAUAAUCUCGACGAUGCCGGAGGCUUACAAUCAUUUUGGGGAAACUCUGCUUCUACUCAAGAUGCUAAUAAAGAAAAAACAUCAGAAAAUAUCUCUCCAACCACUUGGAAUGUUGAAGUUUUUGUUCAGACUUUGAAAGAAAUACAAUCAACAAUACCUUGGAGCGAAGUUAUAGUGAAAUUGGAUCAUGCUGAGUUUAUGAUCAAAGAUAGACAGGGAUUGAAUUUAUUAAUUAUGGGAUUGAAAUUAGGUUUGCAAAAUCAAGGAUAUCCUCCAGAACUCUUUCCUGUAGAACUUUUUUAUCGACAUUGGGAAAAUGUAGAGGGUCAAUUUUCUUUAGUGCAACAAAUUUUGAAGUGUCCUGACAUAUUUUGUUUUGCUGAUUAUCCAUACCAUUCAGUUACUGUUGAUGUAUUGAAGGCACCUCCAGAAGGAGAUAGCAAGGAAGCACAAACAUGGAGAUCAUUGUACUUUGUUGAAUUACUUUUAUAUAUUGCUGAGAGGGGUUUGUAUGGACCAGUUCAAGAAAUCUUUAAAUGGCCUAUUCAACAUUGUCCGGACGUACUUGUCUUAGCGUUACUACAAAUUAAUCCGCCUAUAACUUUACUUAGACAAGAAUUGUUAAGUACACUUAUGCCUAUAUUUUUGGGGAAUCAUCCUAAUUCUGCGGUGAUUUUACAUCAUGCGUGGCAUGUUAAUAAUAUAAAAGUCAAAUCUAUUAUUAUGCAUGCAAUGGCUGAAUGGUAUAUACGUGGUGACCACGAUCAGACAAGACUGUCACGCAUUUUAGACGUUGCGCAAGAUCUUAAAGCAUUAUCAGCCUUGUUGAAUGCGCAAUCAUUUCCAUUUGUUAUUGACCUAGCAUGUCUGGCGUCUCGACGUGAAUAUUUAAAAUUAGAAAAAUGGUUGACUGAUAAGAUUAGAGACCAUGGAGAAGUGUUUGUUGCUGCUUGUGUUAAAUUUUUACAAAGACGGUGUCCACAAGUAAUGGGCCCUGGUAUUAAAGAAGAUCCUACAGUGCCCAAGGCAAGUCAGUUGCCACAAGAAACGCUUACAACUAUGCUUGCUUGUUUGCAAGUCUGUGCUGGGAAUGUUUCUCAAGAGUGUUCCGAAGCAAUAAUGACAAUGGUACAAAAUUGUAGUUUAAUGUUAAAUAAAAGCACCAUGAGUAGACCACCACCACCAGGAGUUUUAAGACACAGAGGUUUAGAACCAUUUAAUCCUGCGACAUUAGGAGGACAGUUGUUUUCUUCUAAACAAGUGGAUCCGUUGGGAAAUUUAAGUACAAGUCUUGCUUCUAUGGGGUUAGGAUCCAGUCUUGGACCACCUAGUAGUUCUGCAUUUAAUUUACCAGGAGCACUUGGACCUUUGGUUUCAGCACCUGGAUCUCCUUCUAGAUUAACUGGACCAUCUGCAAGCCCAUUUCCAAUGUUACCAUUAUCUUCACAACUUCAUUCUGGUCCGGUUGGGACCCAAGGUCCUUCUGUUUUACCUGGAAGUACAAUAGGUGGGUUAGGAAGACUCGGCCCACCAACGGGUAUAGAAAAAGCAAGAAUUCCUGAAACAUCCAAUUUGUUUCCUGAUAUGCCUCAAAAUGUAUCAAAAGAAAUUGAAGACGAAGCUAAUAGCUACUUUCAAUGUAUAUACAAUCAUCCACCUCAUCCAACCUUAUCUAUCGAUGAAGUUCUUGAUAUGCUGAAAAAAUUUCAAGAUUCAGGCAGCAAAAGAGAGAGAGAGGUAUUCAAUUGUAUGCUUCGAAAUUUGUUCGAAGAAUAUCGUUUUUUCCCUCAAUAUCCAGAUAAAGAACUUCAAAUAACAGCACAAUUAUUUGGUGGAAUUAUUGAAAGGGGUCUUGUGAAUAGCUAUAUGACACUUGGAUUAGCAUUAAGAUUUGUUCUUGAUGCUUUGAGAAAGCCAGAUGGUAGUAAAAUGUAUUAUUUUGGUAUAACAGCCCUAGAUCGUUUUAAAAGUCGUUUGAAAGAUUAUCAAACAUAUUGCGAACAUGUGAGAAACAUUCAGCACUUUAAUGAAUUUCCACCGCAUUUAAUUGAAUAUAUAGAAUUUGGUUUGCAAGGACAAGAACCUCCUACUAGACCUCAGGGUCCUGUUCUUCCAAAAACAAUAGCUGCUAUGUUGGCUCCAGUUACAACGCCAUACAAGACUAUUACCACUACAACUAUAACAACAAGUACGACUCAGGCUAAACCCUCCACGACACCAACUACUUCACUUUCUGCCAGACCUUCUAUUGCAAAUGCAACUAAUAUCGAUACAUUGCUCGUGGCAACGGACAAAGAGGAAAAAAUUACAACACCACCUGAAGCGUUACAAGAUAAAACUGCAUUUAUUUUUAACAAUCUUAGUCAAUUAAAUUUGCAACAAAAGUGUGAUGAAAUUCGAGAAAUAGUUACCGAAGAUUAUUGGCCCUGGAUGGCACAAUAUUUGGUUAUGAAACGUGCUAGUAUUGAAUUAAACUUUCAUGCUUUAUAUUCGAAUUUUUUAGAUUGUUUAAAACUUCCAGAAGUUAAUAAAAUGGUAACCAGAGAAACAUUCAGAAACAUUAAGGUAUUAUUACGCAGUGAUAAAGGAAUAGCUAAUUUUUCGGACAGAUCUCUUUUAAAAAAUUUAGGACAUUGGCUUGGAAUGUUAACUCUCGGUAGAAAUAAGCCUAUUUUACAGGUGGACAUUGAUUUAAAAAGUUUAUUAGUUGAAGCAUAUCACAAAGGUCAACAAGAACUUCUUUACGUCGUACCUUUCGUUGCCAAAGUUUUGGAAAGUUGUGCAAAAAGUCGUGUUUUUCGCCCUCCCAAUCCAUGGACAAUGGCGAUUAUGAAUGUAUUAGCAGAACUUCAUCAAGAGCCAGAUUUAAAGUUGAAUUUAAAAUUUGAAAUUGAAGUGCUUUGUAAAAACCUUAGUAUUGAUGUUGGAGAAUUAAAACCAGCAGUUUACCUAAAAGAUCCAGAAAAAUUACGCAACUUGGACUAUCAAUUGUCGCAUCCUAAUAAAAAGGCAGAAACAGGAAACAAUCAACAACAACCGCAAGCUCCUAUCGAAGAAUUAGUUGGACCAACGACAGCAGGAACUAUAGUUGCUCAACAACCACCACCCCCUGCUAACACGACACCGUCUUUGCCUACUGGGCCACCAGAACCACGUUUUAGUUACAUGGAUAUAUCUGUUACAGGCAUUACUAAUAUUUCUCAACAUAUUGCUAUUAAUAAUCAAUUACCUUUAUUUCAAACGCAUCCUCAUUUAAAACAAUUUAUUCGUCCUGCUGUUGAGAGAGCUAUACAAGAAUGGAUACAUCCAGUUGUCGAUCGAUCUAUUAAAAUAGCUUUAACUACUAGCGAACAAAUAGUAAGGAAAGAUUUUGCUUUAGAUCCUGAAGAAGUAAGAAUGCGAACAGCAGCACGUCAUAUGGUUCGCAAUUUAACUGCUGGAAUGGCCAUGAUUACAUGUAGAGAUCAGAUUUUAACAUCAAUAAGUACCAAUCUGAAGCAAGCUUUUCUAACAGCAAUGAUGGGUACAACUGCUCAGCAAAAAGAAUUAGCAGAGCAAGCUGCGACUGUUGUAGCUACUGAUAAUAUGGAACUUGCUUGCGCGUUUGUACAAAAAACAGCUGUUGAAAAAGCAAUACCAGAGAUGGAUAAACGUUUGCUCAAUGAAAUUGAAUUAAGAAAAAUUGCACGACAGGAAGGAAGAAGAUAUUGCGAUCCUUUAGCUAAAUAUCAAGCUGAAAGAAUGCCAGAACAAAUUCGAUUAAAAGUCGGUGGAGUAACUCCUCAGCAAAUGGCGGUAUAUGAAGAAUUUGCUAGAAAUAUUCCUGGAUUUUUGCCAUUAUCUGAAAGAGAUACCCAAGCGCUUUUCGUGCCAAAACCAGUGACGGAAACUACUGUAGCUCCAUUUGCUACCAAUUCAGCCGUUGCAGUAGCAGCGCAACAAGUAGCUGCUUACGCAGCUGCUGUAAGUAACGAUGAAGUUGGAGCAAUGUUAGAAAAACUAGCAGCCGAGGUAGAAGUCCUGCUUUCUGCAAUGGGCCCAGCAGCAUCACCUCCACAACAUGUAGCACUUCAUAGUCUUUUAGAAUCUAUUAUUCAUACUAGAAGAUCAAGGGAUUCAGGUGCUGCAAUGACGCUUUUAAAAAAAGCUGUCGAAGGAUUGCUAGAUGGUCCUACUUUAUCUAGUGGAGUGAUGGAUUCAGAAAUAAUCAUACGUUACAGAGAACUUCAUUUACGUAUUUUGAAAUGUCUUCAAGAUCAACGUGCUUAUGGUAUGCAGUGGACAAACAAACACGUCACUCGUAUCUUAACGGAAUGUAGAGAAGAAUUUCGUUAUAACUUUGAAGCAGUGGAUUGUUUGAUAAGAUCUCAUUUGAUCAGUCUUCCACAGUAUGAUUUAUCUUUAGCGCAAGCUAUGGAUGCUAGUAAUGCUAUGGCAACUGUAUUCGCUAUGCAGUUGGUUCAGCUAUACCUUAUUGAUGAAAGACAAACGACACAUGUAACAGAAUCUGAUCUGUUUCACACGAUUGAAAUACUUGUGAGAAUUGCACAUCAUAGAGCUCCACCAGAAGGAAUCCCACUCUUCAGACUUACCAGUUUAAUAGAAUCCUUACGUGCAAACCAUGAUCCUGCAGUAUUAGCCGAUCGUGCACCUGCAGGACCAACAGCACAUAUCCAUUCUGGAAUUCUCCAGGUGAGAGCCCGUGAUUUUGAUGAUCCACCAGGAUUAAUGGAGAAAACUGAAUAUUUAUUACGUGAAUGGGUUUCAAUGCAUCAUAAUCCUACUAAUUCUCGUGAUCCUACUAAAGCAUUUGGAAUGUUCGUUCAUCAAAUGAAUAUCCAUGGAAUUUUAAAAACGGAUGACCUCAUAACUAGAUUUUUUAAAUUAAGCACUCAAAUGUGCGUAGACCUUUGUUAUCGUGCAUUAACUGAAACCAAUGCGGUUGCUUCAGUUGUUCGCGCGAAAUGUUUUCACUCGUUAGACGCUUUUGUGCGCUUAGUUGCACUAUUGGUAAAACAUUCUGGUGAUACAACAAAUACUCAUACGAAAAUCAAUUUAUUAAACAAAGUACUUGGAAUAGUUGCUGGAGUAUUAUUGCAAGAUCACGAAAUGCGUGGAACAGAUUUCCAACAAUUACCAUACCAUAGAAUUUUCAUCAUGCUCUUCUUAGAGCUUUGUGCUCCUGAACCUGUAUUAGAAGCAGUCAAUUACCAAGUUUUGACAGCCUUCUGUCAUACGUUACACAUAUUAAGACCUGCCAAAGCUUCAGGCUUUUGUUAUGCCUGGUUGGAACUCGUUUCCCACAGGGUUUUUAUUGGACGUAUGUUAGCUAUUACUCCCCAACAAAAAUGUUGGGGAAUGUAUGCUCAACUUCUCAUCGACUUAUUUAAAUAUCUUGCUCCUUAUUUGCGCAAUGCAGAACUUGCAAAACCCGUAACGCUUCUGUACAAAGGUACUCUCCGAGUAUUACUCGUAUUACUUCAUGAUUUUCCAGAGUUCCUUUGCGAUUAUCAUUAUGGAUUUUGUGACGUAAUUCCACCCAAUUGUAUACAAAUGAGAAAUCUCAUAUUAAGCGCAUUCCCAAGAAAUAUGCGCUUGCCUGAUCCAUUUACUCCCAAUUUAAAAGUUGAUAUGCUUCAAGAAAUUGCCCAUGCUCCAAGAGUACUAACUAAUUUUGCUUCCAUGAUUCAGCCACUCAGUUUUAAAAAAGAAUUGGAUUCUUAUUUGAAACUUCGUACACCAGUUACAUUCGUGUCAGAAGUACGUGGCCAUCUACAAGUAUCUAAGGACCCGGGUGUAAGAUAUAACAUUCAAUUGAUGAAUGCUUUGGUUCUUUAUGUUGGAACUCAAGCAAUUUCCUUUAUACGUAGUAAAGGCCAUACACCUAACAUGUCUACAAUCGCGCAUUCCGCGCACAUGGACAUAUUUCAAAGUCUUGCUGUUGAUAUUGAUACCGAAGGUCGUUACUUAUUUUUAAAUGCUAUUGCUAAUCAACUUCGCUAUCCCAAUAGCCAUACACAUUAUUUCAGUUGUACGCUACUUUAUUUAUUUGCUGAAGCCAAUGCUGAAGCAAUACAGGAACAAAUUACGAGGGUCCUUCUCGAAAGACUCAUUGUCAACAGACCUCAUCCUUGGGGCCUUCUUAUUACAUUCAUCGAACUUAUUAAGAAUCCUACUUACAAGUUCUGGACGCACGAAUUUGUCCAUUGCGCUCCAGAAAUAGAAAAGUUGUUCGAAUCAGUAGCUCGAUCAUGUAUGGUUCAAAAGCAAGUGCAGCCUACACCCGAAUCGGAGAUUCCUGAGUGAUAACAUAUUUUGUUUUCCAUUGUCUACUCAUGUACAGUAAACUAAACAAACGAACAAUCGUAA